UACUUGUUUUCCAAUUUUUUGUCUGAAAUCAGAGUCUUGUAGCCUGAGCAAAAUACAGGGGAGAUUAAAGCAAAUGGCAAGCUCAUCAGGCUUGGUAUCGGAGCUAAAGAUUGAUGUAUAUAUGUUUCAUCCAAUCUUUUUUUCGCUUUUUCCUUUAAUCUUACUGUGGUUUCUCUUCAAAUUAGUUUCAAAUUCGAGAAAGAAUCAGCCACCAUCGCCACCAGGACUUCCGAUUAUUGGAAAUCUUCAUCAGCUAAGCUCACUGCUUCACUAUCCUCUCCACUCCUUAGCCCAAAAAUAUGGUCCAAUCAUGUUUCUCAAAUUUGGUAGUGUUCCCACGGUUGUCCUUUCAUCAGCUGAUGGAGCUAGCCUAAUCAUGAAAACCCACGAUUUGAUUUUCUCUGAUAGGCCAUUUUCGAGCACAGCUAAUAAACUUCUCUAUAACAUGAAGGAUAUAUCGGUAGCACCCUAUGGCGAGUAUUGGAGACAGUUAAAGAGUAUUUGUGUUCUUCAGCUCCUGAGCAACAAAAAAGUUCAGGCGUUUCGUAAUAUAAGGGAAGAGGAAACGUCGAUUAUGAUGCAGAAGAUUAAAGACGCUUCUUUGGAUUCGACACCUGUGAAUUUGAGCGAAAUGUUUGUUUCGCUGACUAAUGAUAUUGUAUGCAGAUCGGCUUUUGGGAGGAAAUACGGUGCAGGGGAAACUGGAAAGAAAUUCAAGCUGCUGUUGGGCGAAUUCUUGGAGUUACUGAACGGAGGAAUUUUAGUCAAAUCUGUGCCCUGUCUCAGCUGGAUUAAUCAAGUUAAUGGUUACGAUGCCAGAGUGGAUCGCGUUGCUAGAGAAGUAGAUGAGUUCUUGGAGGGCGUGGUCCAAGAAAGGUUGGAUGGUGCAGUGGAAAAAUAUUCCUGCGGGUCAAGUGGUGAGACGAUUGAUGGUGAAAGCAGAGAAGACUUUCUUGAUAUUUUGCUGAAAAUCUAUAAAGAUAACGCAACAGGUGUAACCAUGGACAGGGACAGCGUCAAAGCUAUAAUAUUGGAUGUAUUCUCUGCUGGAACUGAUACCACGGCUACAGUUGCAGAAUGGGCAAUGGCAGAGGUCUUAAGACACCCCAUUAUCCUAAAGAAAUUGCAAACUGAAAUAAGAGGGGUUGUUGGUGGCAAAGAACAGAUAUCCGAGGAUGACUUGGCCGAGAUGCAUUAUUUGAAAGCAGUGAUCAAGGAAACUCUUCGCUUACAUCCUCCAAUUCCGUUGCUGGUUCCUAGAGAAGCAAGAGAAGAUGUCAAAAUAAUGGGAUAUGAUAUUGGAGCUGGUACAAUGGUGAUCAUCAAUGCUUGGGCAAUAGGUAGAGAUCCUGCAUAUUGGGAUGAACCUGUGAACUUUAUGCCAGAGAGAUUUAUGGAUUCGUCUAUAGAUUUCAAAGGGCAUGAUUUCCAGUUAAUCCCAUUUGGUGCUGGUAGGAGGGGUUGUCCUGGAAUCGCUUUUGCUGUUGCCAGCAAUGAACUUGUGUUGGCAAAUUUGGUAAGCAAGUUUGAUUGGCAAUUUCCUGAUGGUGCACAGGGCAAAGAGUUGGAUAUGACAGAAUGCCCUGGCGUUGCAGUUCGUCGCAAAAUUCCUCUUCUUGUUAUUCCAUCUCCACUUUCUUGAAUUCUUCACAUGGCCGAAUGCUGCAGAUUCUGUAUUCUUGUCUUGAUACAAAUGUUGGAUUGAUUCUUGAGAAGGGCUGCAAUUGCACUGUGCAAUAGAAGGUCUAAUCUCUGACCAGAUUUGAGACCGUCCAUUGCACAGCGCGGUUACAGAUGUUCCGAAACCUUGAUUCUUAGUCUUCAUGCACUUUCCCCAGGCCGCUUCUUUCUUGUAAUAAAAACAAGUAACUUCAUGUAUUUAUGGCCUUUGCAAAUUUCCUCGUUACAGCACAGAAAAUAAAGAAAAGCUUUCAUCUUCGCUAUAA